AUGGAAGAUAUCAAAGAGGAACGUGAGCGAUCAAGUUCUCACUCACCGAGGCAGUCUAGGUCUAGAUCAAGAUCAAGAUCUCCAAAAAAGAAUACAAACGAUCACCAGAGACCUUUCAUGGGGGGCCGCCGUGUGAUUGUCAGAAACAUUCCAUAUGAAGUGAGAUGGCAGGAACUGAAAGAUCUGUUUAGAAAAGAUGUGGGUGAUGUCACAUAUGUUGAGAUGCUGGAAACACCUGAUGGGAAGUCCAAAGGUGUAGCAGUGGUAGAAUUCAAAGACCCUGAGCAUGCUAAAAAAGCAAUUGAAGAUUUCCAUCAAAAGAAGAUCAAAGACAGAGCCAUUAUUGUCAGAGAGGAACGAGAAAAAGACCGUCAAGAAUUUUUGCAGCACAAAAACAUGAAAGAUGGAAUAGGGCUUGGUCCGGGAAUGGGAGGUGGAGGCAUGGGUCAUGGAGUACCUGGUAUUCCUCCAGGAAUAAGUCCCCACAUCUUGCAGCAGCUGGGCAUCGAGGGCCCAAUUACCAGCACAGUAUUUGUAGCAAAUCUGGACUACAAAGUCACAUGGUGGAAAUUAAAGGAUGUAUUCAAGCUGGCUGGAAAUGUUCUCAAAGCUGAAAUUAAAGAGGACAAAAAUGGGCAGUCAAGAGGGAUGGGGAUUGUUAUGUUUGAGCACCCGAUGGAAGCAAUUCAGGCAGUCUCUAUGUUUAAUGGCCAAGUCUUGUAUGACAGAAGUAUGAUUGUCCGUAUAGAUAAGGGAGGACCGGAUCAAGAAAAGCUCAAGUUACCAAGUGGUUUAAAGUCUAUUGGUAUGGGACUAGGCUCUGGAGGUGCACCUCUAACCAACAUCAGUCAUUUUGGCAACAAUCUAGGAAUGUGUGGAGGCGGGGGUUUAGUAGGACUGGGAAAUUUAGGAGGUGGCAAUUCAGGUCUAGGACUGUUGGGUCCGGGUGGAAAUGAUCUUGGUUUAGGCAUGGGAGGGUUAGGUUUUGGUGGAUCCGGGGGGCUGGGUAUGGGAGGAUUUGGUGGUUCAGAUAUGGGAUAUGGUGGUUUGGGAGGAUCGUCUAAAUUAGGUGCAUUGUCUGAUCACUACUCUGGCAGCUAUAACGGCAGUGGUAAUCUGUCUGGGCUUGGGGGUCUAGGUCCCUCGUUGAGCUCUCUUUCAGCAGGGUUAGGUGGUUAUGGGGGAAUAGGGGAUCGAUUGGGUAUGGGUGACAGUUUAGGCCUCAGCAGGGACAGACUGGCAAUGGAGCGGUUAGCUGGAAUGGGCGGGUUUGAUAGAAUAUCUGACAGAUUGAGAGAUGGUUAUGGCAUCAUUGACGAUAGACGCAAGCCCCGAAAUGACAGCUGCACAGUUAUUGUGAAAAAUCUUCCUUAUAGUGCUAAUUGGCAAGCCCUGAAAGAACACUUUCGAGAUGUAG